GUCCUGAAGUAACCGCUUCGAAGACAGGUUGUGCUGCUGAGGCACUGCUGGCGGUGGCUAUGCGUAUGAGCCAUGUCACUUGGUGGACAGCUGGUCUGUGGGGAGGAACUGUAGGCAGAAUUGGACAGAGCUGAGGAAGAUGACUUGCAGUAUGAGGAGGAGAUCCUGCGAAACCCAUACUCUGUCAAGUGCUGGAUGCGCUAUAUUGAAUGCAAGCUCACCGGCCCGGUGCACGCACUUAACCUAGUCUAUGAAAGAGCACUAAAGGAGUUGCCAGGAAGCUACAAGCUGUGGUAUGCCUACCUAAAGCAGCGCAGGAAGCAGGUGAAGAGAAGGUGUCUCACCGAUCCGGCCUUCGAGGAGGUGAAUAACUGUCAUGAGAGAGCCCUUGUAUUCAUGCACAAGAUGCCCCGAAUUUGGCUGGACUACUGCCAGUUCCUUAUGGAUCAGUGUAAAAUAUCCCGCACCAGGAGAACCUUUGAUCGGGCUCUUCGGGCCCUUCCCAUCACACAGCACUAUCGCAUCUGGCCUCUUUACUUGCGCUUUGUCCGUUCACACUCUGUGCCAGAGACCGCCGUCCGGGUCUACAGGAGAUACCUGAAACUGUCACCAGAAAAUGCAGAGGAGUAUAUAGAAUAUCUGCGCUCUGUGGACAGGUUAGAUGAGGCGGCCUCCAGACUCGCAGCCAUUGUAAACCAGGAUGAUUUCGUGUCCAAGGAGGGGAAAUCUAACUAUCAGCUCUGGCAGGAGCUGUGCACACUCCUCUCCCACAACCCUAAUUCUGUCCACUCCCUGGACUCGGCAGCCAUUAUACGAGGGGGCCUGACCCGCUUUACAGACCAGAGGGGCAAGCUGUGGUGUGCGCUGGCCGAGUAUCAUGCCCGCAGUGGACAUUUUGAAAAGGCACGGGAUGUCUACGAGGAGGCCAUUCAGACAGUCACCACUGUACGUGAUUUCACGCAAGUAUUUGACAACUACGCUCAGUUUGAAGAGAACGUUAUUGCUGCCAAAAUGGAGACAGUCAGUGAGAUGGGGAAAGAGAAGGACGAUGACCUAGAUCUAGAGCUGCGAUUGGCUCGCUUUGAGCAGCUGAUGGAGCGGAGACCUCUCUUACUUAAUGGCGUGUUACUGCGACAGAACCCACACAAUAUCCAUGAGUGGCACAAGAGGGUCCAGUUGUAUCAAGACAAGCCGCGUGAGAUCAUUAACACCUACACAGAGGCCGUCCAGACUGUGGACCCAGCAAAGGCAACUGGGAAACCGCACUCACUUUGGGUCUCCUUCGCUAAGUUCUAUGAGGACAACGGCCAAAUAGAGGAUGCCCGGGCGAUCCUGCAGAGGGCAACGCUAGUGAAGUAUACCCACGUGGAUGACCUGGCCUUGGUCUGGUGCCAGUUUGGAGAGAUGGAGCUGAGACACGAGAACUAUGAUGAGGCACUGGCUAUAUUGAGGAAAGCCACGGCCGUUCCUGCCCGGAAGGCAGAAUAUUUUGAUGCGUCAGAGCCUGUCCAGAACAGGCUAUACAAGUCCCUGCGAGUGUGGUCCAUGCUGGCUGAUCUGGAGGAAAGUUUAGGCACUUUCAAGUCCACUAAGGCUGUAUACGAUCGUAUUAUUGAUCUUCAUAUAGCCACCCCGCAGAUCAUCAUCAAUUACGCCCUCUUUCUGGAGGAACACAACUACUUUGAAGAAAGUUUUAAGGCCUACGAGCGUGGGAUAGCUCUGUUCCGCUGGCCCAAUGUGUAUGAUAUCUGGAGCACCUACCUAUCCAAGUUCAUUGCUCGCUAUGGAGGAAAGAAGCUGGAGAGAGCUCGCGAUCUCUUUGAGCAGGCUCUGGACGGAUGCCCCCGAAAGUUUGCAAAAAAUAUCUUUCUCCUGUAUGCUAAGCUGGAGGAGGAGCACGGCCUGGCCCGGCAUGCUAUGGCUUUGUAUGAGCGAGCGACGCAGGCGGUGGAACCGGGGGAGCAGUACGAAAUGUUUAACAUUUACAUCAAGCGAGCUGCUGAGAUUUAUGGGGUCACACACACCCGCAGCAUUUAUGAGCGCGCUAUCGAGCUCUUGUCAGACGAGCAGUCCCGGGAGAUGUGUGUACGGUUUGCGGACAUGGAGUGUAAGCUGGGUGAGAUUGAUCGGGCCCGAGCUGUGUACUCCUACUGUUCUCAGAUAUGUGAUCCGCGGCUGACGUCUGGGUUCUGGCAGACGUGGAGAGACUUUGAGGUGCGGCACGGUAACGAGGACACACUACGGGAGAUGUUACGUGUGAAGCGGAGUGUACAGGCCAAGUACAACACACAGGGAACGUUCCUUGUAUCGCAGAGACUGAGAGCAGAGGGCGGAGCUGCCAGUGAUGAUGCCAGAGAACCAGCUGACGAGAUGCAGGCGCUGGAGCAGAGAGCAGCCGUGGUGGCAGCGGAGGCGGAGAAGGAUAAACCUCAGAUGAAGGAGAAGAUCCUCUUUGUCCGGUCUGAUGCUUCCCGUACAGAGUUAGCAGAGCUGACGCUUCAAGCGAACCCAGAUGAGAUUAACAUAGGCGAUGAGGAUUCAGAAGAAGAGAUGGAACCCGACGAAGUUCAGCUGGAACAGAAAUCGAUCCCUGCAUCUGUCUUCUCCGGCCUUGGUGAUGACUGAGCUCCAGGUUCCUACAACACCGCCUUCCCAACCAGUUACAAUAAAAGACAAACCACAAUUUUU